UGGGGCUAUGACAAGUUUCGCGGUCCUCAACUUGAUAUCUGCCGAUCCGUCAUCAAGGACCGCGAUGUCCUCGUUGUGGCUCCGACUGGUAUCGGAAAGUCACUCUGCUUCCAGGUGCCCGCGGUCACCCUCGACUACGGGAUAACUCUCGUCGUCUCCCCGCUCAAGGCUCUGAUGCACGACCAAGUCAACGCGCUCGUCGAAAGAAAAGUACCCGCGAUGAUGGCAUGUGCCGAAACGUCAGACGUGCAAGUGGCAGAGAUCCUCUCGGAACUUCGGCUCGGCCAUCCCAAUAUCCGCCUUCUUUACAUUACGCCUGAAUCUCUUUUCUUCCGGAACUCGAAGUACAAGGACGCUAUACAGGCCUGCUACGAUAAUGGGCAGAUGAGGAGACUGGUCAUCGAUGAGGCGCACUGUAUCGAUGAAUGGGGAAGAUCUUUCCGACCCUCAUACAGGAUGCUCGGUGACUUCAGGCGCUUGUAUCCCCGGGUAGCAAUCACUGCUCUCACUGCCUCUGCCACGAAAGAGACCCGGCAAGACAUUCUUGAUUCGCUUCGGAUCACUCGAGACAACCUAGACUACUGGGUAGAGCCAUGCAAUAGGAAGAAUCUAAUCUACGAGGUGAGCUCGCAAGCGUUUUCGACCGCAGACCAAGUCCUCGUCUGGAUCAAGAAACACAAACCAGAGUUUGCAGGCUGGAACGCAAAGCACGGCGUAUCGCCGGAAUGCGUGACUGGUAUCGUGUACUGCAAGAUGAGAUCGCAAUGCGAGAUGAUGGCGGCGCACAUGCGAAAGGCGGGCAUGAAGGCGCAAGCGUAUCAUGCAGACCUGAAGCAGCCGGUAAAGGAUGCGGUGCAGGCGGACUGGCUCGCGUGCCGGCUGGAGGCAGUGUGCGCAACGGUAGCUUUCGGGAUGGGCAUUGAUCAGGCUCAUGUUCGAUAUGUUAUCCACUAUAAUCUUCCUUCAACUCUUGAAGGCUAUUAUCAGGAAACAGGGCGAGCAGGGCGUGAUGGCCACGUAAGUAAUCAUGUGCUCGGACAGGGAGCCUCGCUGAUAUAUUCAGAUGUCGCGCUGCAUGCUGAUAUACUGCAAGUCGCCUUCACAGCAAGUACGAGCGAUCACUGA